AUGAAAAUCAUACAGCAGCGUGACAAGCUGCUUUCUAACUUUGAAGUAUACCAACAUAUUUGUGAUGUUCAAAGGGAAAACCAGUGGGGGUUUACAAUUCCUCCACCAGAGAAAAAACGUAAACAUAAAUUCAACCCCCAGCUUUUAGAUCUUGAGAUUAUAACACGUGAUUUGGGACAAUACCUAACCAAAAUAGGACAAGGGAAUGACGUUGAAACUAACUCUUUUGUUCAGCUCAUGUUAUACUUAAACGCUCUCGAGCUUGAAAUAAUUGAAAAAUUAAUGAUUGUAAAUUCUCUACCUCGUUCGUUAGUCACUCUUUAUGCUAUAAUCGAAGAAUGCGAAGAGAGAUUUACAACAGAGGUGUGUGAGGAAAUUUUACAAAACAUAGAGAGACUAUUCCCUUCAGGUGUAGUUGCCGAAGACGAAGAAAUGCAAGAUGCGCAGGAAGAUCAAAUACACGAAAACCCUGAAGAGGAGGAAGACGAAGAUGCAUUUGUUGAUGACAUGCAACUAGAGCACGAAAGUUAUGCAAAGAAGGUACAAGAGGAAAAGGACAUUGAUGAAGUGGAUAGUUGA